AUGGAGCAAAUGCCGAAAUAUGCUAAAUUCUUAAAGGAGGUGUUAUCAAAUAAGAGGAAAUUGAUGGACAAUGAGAAGGUGAUGCUCACUGAAGAGUGUAGUGCCAUUCUUCAAAGGAAGCUUCCUCCUAAGCUAAAAGAUCCAGGGAGUUUCACUAUACCUUGCACUAUUGGUGAUUUUGAUUUUGAUAAAGUUUUAUGUGAUCUUGGUGCAAGUGUUAAUUUGAUCCCUCUUUUUAUUUUCAGGAAACUUGAACUGGGGGAAGUGAAGCCUACUACGGUAUGUUUGCAGCUUGCGAAUAGAUCUAUCAAACAUCUAAAAGGCAUUAUUGAGGAUGUUUUGGUAAAAGUGGAUAAGUUUAUAUUUCCGACUGAUUUUAUUGUAUUAGAUAUGGAAGAAGACCGGGAUGUUCCACUUAUAUUAAGAAGACCUUUCCUUGCUACAGGCAAAACUCUUAUAGAUGUUCAUCAAGGAUACAAUCAAACCCCCAUUGUUAACUAUUUCCUGAUGAGUAGCUUUUUACAGUUGAAGAAGCGCCAUGAUUACAUUUCCAAAUGGGUUGAAGCUGAGGCGCUACAGACCAAUGAUGCUAGGGUGGUGGUUAAAUUUCUUAAGAAGAACAUUUUUGCAAGAUUUGGUACACCAAGAGCUAUCAUAAGUGAUGGAGGAUCUAAUUUUUGUAACAGUCAAUUUGAGUCACUAUUGGGUAAAUAUGGGGAAACACAUCAUAUAGCUACUCCUUAUCAUCCGCAAAUAAGUGGUCAAGUUGAGGUAUCUAAUCAUGAGCUCAAGCGAAUUCUGGAGAAAACAGUUAAUUCUUCUAAGAGGGAUUGGUCAAGAUAUGGCAAAGGGUGUGGCGCCAAAGGAACAAUCAAACCACCAUCUCUGAGCUUCUCAAAAGCUCUAGUCAAGGUCAUGCCCAAGGGAGUGAACUGUCUCGCGGGCCUCUAUGCAUAUGGUCUAGGCGAUGGGUGA